ACAAAUCACGGCUGGCGGCCGGUUAAAUAUAUACGCCUACUUUACUUUACUAGGAUAUAAAUUAACUAUCGGGAUUCGGGAAUAGACUAAGCAGGAAGAUUGCGUGUUCUUUGUCGACGUGGCUGUUUCCAACUAGGCAACUUAAUAAAUCAGUUGAUUCGUUUAAACUUUUAAAGCGGAGUAGGUCACCGCAAGAAUAAAAAUGUUGACUUUAUUAUACAUAGCAUUGGCUAUUACGGCCGUGUUUGGAGGAGUUCCAAAUCCUGAAGAAACUAAAAGGAUGAUGGAUCAUCUUUCCGAUGCAGAGCACUAUAGAAAUGAACAUCAUAACAAACAGUUUGAUCAUGAUGCAUUCCUUGGAGAAGACCAAGCCAAAACCUUUGAUCAGUUACCACCAGAGGAAAGUAAAAGGAGGCUUGGAAUAAUAGUUGAUAAGAUUGACUCCGACCAUGAUGGAUUUGUGACUCUUGUUGAGUUAAAAGACUGGAUUCGUUACACACAGAAACGUUACAUUGACGAGGAUGUCGAUAGACAUUGGAAGCAGCACAACCCAGAAAAUACAGAAACUGUUAGCUGGGAGGCAUACAGAAAGACUGUGUAUGGCUUUAUGGAUGAGAUGACCAGUAGUGAGCUCAGCUCAAAUUCUGAAGGAUUUGCCUACAGAAACCUCAUGAAGAGAGACCGCAGGCGGUGGCACUAUGCUGAUGGAAAUCAAGACGAUGCAUUGAACAGGACUGAAUUUGCAUCAUUCCUCCAUCCUGAAGAUCACUCCGGCAUGAGGGAUGUAGUUGUUCUUGAGACAUUGGAAGAUAUUGAUAAGGACAACGAUGGCAAGGUGUCCCUUGAAGAGUACAUCGGAGACAUGUACAAGCCUGAAGACGGAGAGAGUGUUGAUGAUGAACCUGAUUGGGUGAAACAGGAGAGGGAACAGUUCACUGGUUACAGAGACACAAACAAAGAUGGCUACAUGGAUGAAACAGAAGUGAAGGACUGGAUAGCUCCACCCGAAUUUGACCACGCUGAGGCUGAGGCACGCCAUCUCGUCUUCGAAGCUGACGGUGACGCCGAUGAGAAACUGACGAAGGAGGAAGUCCUUGAUAAAUACGACCUUUUUGUUGGCUCACAGGCCACAGACUUCGGCGAGGCACUCGCCAGACAUGACGAGUUUUAGUUAAGCGCCAUCUGUUGAUAUAAAUUGAAACAUGUUGUCAUAAAUAGCUUUAUUAAUUUCACUUACCUAAUAUGAAUGUUUUGCGGAGCGUUUCGAACUAAUUAUUAGUUAUAUAUUGUACAACACGUAACAUAGGCUUAUUUUAGCGCCAUCUGUGGCAAAACAGUGGCAUCUUUAAACUUUAUUAAUUGCUGAGAAUACUUUUGCAGCUUUUAUACAGUGAAACCUUGCAUUUAAUAAAAUGCUUUCAAUGUGUAAUGUCUUUCGUUAGACUUAAGUUUAUGCGCGUUGAGAGUCUAUUAAAAUUUGAGUAUUCCACGACAUACAUACUGCCAUUCACUUCAAAAGUAAAAGUAACUUGUCUAAGUUAUGGAACAAAGAUAACGUAACAAUUUUUUAAAUAUAGAAUACAACUACAAAUGGUAGCUUUUGGAACCUGAUACAAAAUGGCAACACCUUAAGUAUAUAAUAGUAUUCUACUUUUGAAUUUUUAUUUUUAUUGUUGCCAGUAAUGAACAUAAGCAAUAAAUUUACUUAAAUUAGUCUGUAAGUAGGUAUAAUAAUAAGCCAAAGUUAAUUCCUUGAAUCUGUGAGAAUCUUAUUAAAAUAAUUUUCAAUAAUUUAGUUUGUAUUUAUGCAUUUAUGUAUUAUAUUAAUAGUAGUCUUAAGAGAGAAU